AUGGGGGGCGAAAUACUAGCAUCAGCUGAUCAUCAAGGCGCACAGGAGAGCAUGGACGGGCGCACGUGCUCUAGUAAGUGGAGUCCUAGCUUAGUUAGCUCUGGGGACAUGCUGCAGACGACGCUAUCCAGAUUCAGUGUACGGAAACUCCCUGCAGGCCCGCUGCCACUGAUGGACGAAGUGGCUGCCCGUUUCAUGGAUAUUUCUCCGGAGAGAUGGGAGAAUAUGAAUUCGGCGAUUGAGUAUCUCAACGGGUUCUUCAAGGACGAGUCUCUCAGUUGGCUCCUGGUCCGGUGGCUCGUAGCAUCGCAUCCCGAACAGUUCCUCCCGGCCCCAUAUAAUUCGUACGAGGAGCUUCUGUCCCAUGUAAACGAUACUAAACUGGCCAUUGACGAAGCCAAAGAAGAGGCAGACCGCUGGCGAGAAGCGUUUCAGCAGUUGAACUCCGAGAGACAGCUUUGGAAGAGGAAGAUGAAGUCCGUAGAGGCGGAAGUUACCCGCCUCGCUUCAGCGCUCAACACUGCAGAUGAACAAGCUGCACCGGCCACGUCCGCGGAUAUGGCUGAAAUACCUGACGCUGCAGACGUGUCCAUCAUGCAAGACUGGCAGACCCCGCGUUCAGGAAGUCAAUCUCUACGACGAGCAAACUCUCACACACCUAAAGGAUGGGUGGCUCAACAAGAUGAACGUGAAGCCGUUCAGCUAUCAGCUGAAAAGGGACACCAAAUGCUGUCGCGCAACUCCAGUGUGCAGCACUGCAAAGACUCCAAAGAUCAAGUGUGCGCCGAGUUAAGCCACCCGGCGAAGCCUGAAACAGAGGUGGCUAGCAACGCAUAUCCUCUGUCGAAACUCUUGAACGCGCAGACAAAUAGCGACAACAAAAAAGCACAAGCAGCAGAGCACACUUCAAGCACCGCAGAAACGAGUGGCUACUUCACGAUGAGCACUGGCAACCGGGAAAAAGGCCACAGUGCUUCAUCAAAGAGUCGUCUGAACGGGCAUGCCGCUGCCUGCUCCGGCAGCGGAAAGAUUGCAGCAGCCGUCAUCGACAAUGCGGCUGCGAUGAAUGUAUUGAAUCGGAUGAAAGACAUUCUUUGUCGUGUUGGCGGAGAACAACAAGACGAUGGAGACUCAGCUCUAAUGGCAGAUCAACGACAGGAGAGAGACAAGGCGGCUUACUCUGCAGUCAAAACUCGUCCGUCAGUCGCGUCUCGUCCCAGCGUAGAAGUCUUGUAUGUGAAGUAUCAACAACAGAACCGACAAAGUCCGACGGAACCGACUUGCAUCCGCAGCACGAAACAUAUGCCGCCACACCAGCUCCAGUGCCCCGCCUUGGCCGGGCCCGAAACACUUUUAGGUGCCGAGGAAAUAUCUGACCAAAUAUCAGACCCGCCUACCACCAUGGAGCAGCUGGUUCAUCUAAAGCAAAGAGCAUCUGCGAAGGAGUACGCCACCCGUUUCAUGCGAGUGUACAGCCAAGGAACAGAUGUUCCCGAGGAUAUAGCCAUUCGGCUGUUCGUGGCUAACUUGUUGCCCGGUUUCAGGGCGUACGCACAUGGUCAUCGCCCAGAAACUCUUGCCGGUGCUAUCCGCCUCGCCUACCGGAUCGAAAACUUCCUGAAAAAUGAAUCUCAGUAUUUGAACGACCAAGAACAAGCUUUUGCGGUGGCCAGCUCUCCCUGUGAAGGUCAAGAGAACAAAGAGCGUCGUGGGAGAUACAAUAUGAGCUCCCAUGGACGACGUGGUACCCCUCCAGUCCAUGUGGGUACAGAUUCGGCUGGAACGUCACAACACGUUCGGACUGAAACUGACAUCCACUCUCCAGUAGACACAGUUACAAGAACACGAAAACGGCGAGGCAGCGAAAAGUUAAGCUUGCCCUGCUUACUGGGUUCGGCGCCUGAUGUAACGCGCUCUCCCGACAAAGACUGUCCUGUUACGUGCCACAUCAGCUCGAACAACCACGACAGGGGGGGAAUGUCUCCGCUAAGAGAAGCUAUUCUCCGGGAGGCAUCCUCCGCAGCAAGCCGGAAGGCUGCGAUGACGAGGAGCGCCACUCUCGGAAGUGGCAAAGAAGGGAAUCCUGCAGAACUGACGUUCAGCGGAGCGCAGCCGCUCCCUACCUCUACACCACGAGAGCUGUCAGGUUCUGCCAUAGUUGAGUCGUCCAGACCUUCGAAUUCCUGUCGGCAUUACCAGCAUCGAAGCAUCCCUGAAAGCAAUGGAGAAAGGAUCUCUGAGGGAACGGAGAGACAAAGGCGUGUGGGCAAGACAGCAACUCCGAUAUCAUCAAAUAAGGCUGCUGCAGCGGCUGCGGUGGCAGCGGCUACAGCCGCCGCAGUUGUCUCUCUUACCUCGAUCACUGGAGAGACAGAAUCUCAGCUCGAAGGCCCGGCAUUUUAUUCGAUAGGUGGAAGUGCGACUGCUAGGAAUCAACGCACGGAAAAACCUCUUUGCCCAGUUCCAGAAUCUGACCACGUAUCACAAGGAAGUGGAUCGCCCGGCUACGGUUGCUCUGUGAAGUCGCCGGCGAACUGUACAGCAGCGACAGAUAGCUUCGGGAACUGGAGCCACGAACACCAAUGGAGCCACAAGGAGAAGCGGAGCGACGACGCCAUUAAAUGCGGGAAACCCACGCCAACUGCGAAGGGUUCUGGAGGUAGAAAGUCGUUCUGCGGUUGGCCGGGGUUCAGUAAGAAGUCAAAGGAACGCGAAUAG